UCGCCACCACCACCAUCAGCAGCACCAACACCAUCAUCAUCACCACCAACACAACCACCGUCGCAACUACCACCAUCAGCAGCACCAACACCAUCAUCAUCACCACCAACACAACCACCGUCGCAACCACCACCAUCAUCAGCACCAACACCACCACCAUCGUCAUCAUCAUCAUCAUUAGCACCAACACCACCACCAUCGUCGUCAUCACCAACACCACCACCGUCGCCACCACCACCGUCAUCAGCACCAACACCACCACCAUCAUCACCACCAACACCACCAACACCACCACCAUCAUCAGCACCACCAACACCACCACCGUCGCCACCACCACCAUCAUCAGCACCAACACCACCACCACCACCAUCAUCAUUACCACCAACACCACCACCAUCAUCAUCACCUCCAACACCACCACCAUCGUCAUCAUCACCAACACCACCACCACCGUCGCCGCCACCACCGUCAUCAGCACCGCCAACGGCAUCGUCAUCAACAUCACCUCCGCCGUCACCACCACCACAAACAUCACCACCAACCAUGCGUCGACUGCACGUGGCAGGGUCUCUGCUGUUGCUGUCCGUCUUACUCCAGGUGCUCCGGUUGACAGACGCAGAAUUAUCAGAUGCCAAUAGCGUGGACGGCGUUCAGCACGGCGUUGCGUGCCCGCCGGAGUUCGAGGGCUACUGCGUCAAUGGGGAGUGUCGUCUCAUCGCUCGCCACGAGGCAACGUGCCGGUGUCACGACCACUUCAGCGGGGAGCGUUGUCUCUUCUACCUGGAAUUCACAUCAUCCUCGGAGCGGGAGCCGGGACUCGGCUCGCUGCCGCUCGGAGUCGGCCUCGCGUCCCUCGCCCUGGCGCUCGUCGGGGCCAUAGGCUGCCUCGCGUUCACGUGGUGGAAGCGAGGAGGUCGAGGUUACCGCGAGUCUCUCUCGAGGGACGGACUCACGGCGCCCGGACUCGUCUCACACGCCGUCGCACGCUCGCACGAUCUCGUAUAGGAGCCAACUCAAGCCACAGUCGCACGCGACUUGACUCACGGUCGCAGGCAACUCCAUCCACGGUCUCGCUCAACUUCACGGUUUCGCGCGACAUCACUCACGGUCGCACGCAACUCCACUCAAAGUCGCAGGCAACUCCACCCACGGUCUCGCUCAACUCCACGGAUUCGCGCGACAUCACCCACGUUCGCACGCAACUCCACUCAAAGUCGCAGGCAACUCUACCCAGUCUCGCGCCACUCCACCCGCUCCCACGCGAGUAACGGUUGUGCGGGUAGCGAGUGAUCGUGAUGUUGUGCCUCUUACACCGAGCACCUGGACUCAGUGGUGGAUGUGAUGGAUGAGUAUGAAUGUGUGGCCACUCCUGCUAUGAUCAACAACAACAUCAUCAUGAUCAUGUUGUCAUUAUUACCGUGAAACCAUCAAGACAAUCAUUGGUAGAAUAAUGAUUUUAACAACGGCAUCCUCACAUCGUAAUCAUCAUCAACAACGGUGCAUUUCGUUUUGUAAACAAUCAGCUUCCUCUUUAUCCUACUUUGCAAUCAUUACUACGAUCACCAAUUCUCUAUCAGCACGUCGUCAUUAUCAUCAUCAGCAUCAUUAAUACACUUCAUUAUAUCGAUUACAUACUUUAUCGGUCACCUCUCUCCAUCAUCAUCAUCAGCAUAUUUGAUCACCAUCUUCAUCAUCUCACUCUCAUCAUCCUUAUUGUAUUUCAAUCUACGUAUAAACACCAUACUUAUGUUUCCCCUGCCUAUAUACAAUCAUCAUUAUGAUCUGCUGAUCAUCAUGAUUUUCUGAUCAUCAUCAUAUCGUCAUCGUUAUUGUCAAUACAUUUCACUAAAAAAUCGCGUCUCCUACUCCAAUCCCAUCAUCAACUAUCUUAAUGAUCAUCAUCAUCAUCAAUGCACUGCAUCUCCAUCAUCUCUGCCUUGAAAUCUCCGUGGCGUUCAAUUGCGUCCCAUGCUCAUUCUUCACCAUCUCAAAGCCACAAAUCGUCUUCCUUUCCCCGUCCACGGCCACUCUGUCGCCGCAUCUGUCUCUGAGUGAGAGCCAUUACCAGAAGCAUUAUUAUUUUUGUGUCGACGUUCAACUAAUCAUUAAGGUGGUAGCCGCGUUGGUCGGCAGUCGUGCGCAAGCGAAAAAUAACAACAUCAACGAAGCUCAACACAAUCCUCGAUAACACCGUGUGUGGCCGUAACAGUAAAAACAAAUAUUAAAUAAUAAAAUAAUAAAAAUAAAACAUAAUAAAAAAAUAUAUUAUUAUAUUUUUAUAUUAUUGAAUGUUUUAUUUUUGACUAUUUUACUAUUUCCCUUCCACGUGACUUUACCGAAAGAACCAAGAAGAUGAAUCCCUGCAGUCACGAAAGCUUUAAAUAGAAAAAUAUUAAAUAGUCGACGUUUCGGGCGUAUAGGCAACACUGAGUAAUGACGAAGGCGUAAAGGAUUUCCAGCCUGAUUAAAAACAAUUUUUAUUUUAUUUAAAACGUGACCAAAUCACCCGGAAUGCGUGCCCGAUCACGACAAGUCUCGGAAGCCGAAGCAGAUGAAUGAGCCUGGAUUGUUCUCGGAUGGGCGACCAACAUGAGCGACCCGGUCGCUAUCGGCUGCCCGCGGGGCUCUGCUAUGUGGCGGGCAGCAGAGAGGGCAGCGUAGUAAACACAUCUGUGCCGUAUGAGUCUUAUGCUCGCACCGAGCGGUCAAGUAUGACCGACACGAUGAUCCAGCAGUGGAUUGGCAGAAGGCUCAUACAUGUCAAUGCUUUAUUUAACGUUUAUCUUAUGCUGUACGUGUGUUCCACGCUGCACAUCUUACUGCCGUCAGGAAAGCCAACCCCGCGCAAUGACAAACGGCUCUCCUCUAGCAGAUGUAACAAUCUGCAGGGUUACAUUUGUAACCUUAAUUUUGAUUAACACAUUCUUGCGGAGGGAGCUGGUAGGAACGUUGGGUUGCUCAGUCAAUGGCCAGGGUCAACGGCGGCGUGGUGUAUUCCGCAAAUACGGCCGACUGUGAGGGCGGGCACAAGCCGGCGUGAGUAGGUUAAACGUUGAGUUUUAUAAGGGCACCACGGGGUGACCUGUUAGCGAGCACCUAUGAAGGCCGGUACGGUACACGAGGGUUGGGUGGCCAGCACCACGCCCGACCGCCUUUGUCUCCACAGUGGCGAUGUUUACACAUCGUACCAGGUACUCAUUUGAUGCUGAGACGACCUAGGGGAGGCCCAUGACCGGUUCAGAUAAUCGUCACUGGUUGUUAGCCGUGAGCGGGAAUCGAACCCGGGUCGCUGGGUUCAUAGCGCAGCGCGCUAACCGCUACACUACCAAUCCACAUCAACCACCACCACCACCACCACCCGCACCUCCCAUGAGCACGGUUGGAUGAGUAUGGUGCGAAAGAAGUUCAACAUACAUAUCAUCACCACUCACCACCAUCAGACACCACGUCACUCACCAACACUCUACAAAUCCACCACCACUACCACCACCGUGGUCACGACGACACGUGUAUUAUUCCCCGUUUUAAACCAUGCCCGUGAUCGUGGUGAUGGUGGUGGUGCUCGCGAACAACACUUGCCCCAACAGUCUGGUAAGGCUAUACGGGGGGACCUUUGGCUUUGGUGGUGGUGAGUGGUGAGUGGUU